CCCGAGUUAUCCGCGCCAUCUCUGCCGUGUCUCUCUACAAAACCAGUGACGUCAUCACACACACCCAACACCUGUAUUCAGGAAAAAAAAACGGAAAAAUAAUUGACAAUACAAGAGAUGUUUGUCCGUGCGCCACGGUUCGAUGCCGUCCGCCUGCUCCGGUUCCGCUGCUCCGGUGCCGCUGCUCCGGUGCCGCUGCUCCGGUGCCGCUGCUCCGGUGCCGCUGUGGCCAGUCCUACCACGACCAAACUGACACACUGUGGCCAGUCAUUCGCCAUUAUUAAUCAUUAUUGAUAAUCUCGGCGAGUGCAGAGGUACAAGCUCGCAUUGCGCGGGCGUCAAGACGCCGAAAACAGGCGAAGAAGAUCGACCUCGGACCAGUCAACGCCAAUGAUAUGGGGAUGGAGUGUAGACGCAUCGUAGAACGCGUUUUCGUUUGAAGUUGACGUCUUGUUUGAGAGUAGAUGUGACAGAUUUGCGUAGAAUAGGGUAAGAUGUUAUCAUGAACGGAGAUGAAAGGGCUUUUCCAACACGGAGAUGUAGCAUGGAUCAAAGCAUUUGUUGGAUUUCAGCUUUUACAAGCGGACAUCAACGCAGUAGUAUUUUAGCAAGCUUACGAACGCAUAUAGGAUACCAUCAGGAUU